CCCGACGAUGACCCGCAGCAGCUGUUCCCCCUCUUCCGCGCGGCCAACUCAUCGCACUCGGGCGCCCUGACGGAGAUGGAGCUGGGGUCGGCGCUCGUGAACGGCGACUUCACGGCGUUCCACCCCAAGACGGUGAUGAUGAUGAUCCGGAUGUUCGACCGCAACAACAGCGGGACGAUCUCGUUCGACGAGUUCGUGUCGCUGUGGCGGUACCUGGCGGCGUGGCGCGAGCUGUUCGACCGCUUCGACGUCGACCGCAGCGGCCGCAUCAGCCUGCCCGAGUUCGAGAACGCCCUCGUCGCCUUCGGCUACCGUCUCAGCCAGCCGUUCGUCAUGGUGCUCUUCCGCACCUUCGAGAGCAAGGGCCAGCAGCUGACCGGCCACGGCUACGGACACGCCAAGCAGGGCAUGAGCUUUGAUCUGUUCGUGCAGGCCUGCAUCAGUCUGCGCCGCAUGACCGAUGUCUUCAAGCGUUACGAUGACGACCGUGACGGGUACAUCACCGUCAGCUUUGAGGAGUUCUUGACCGGUGAGUUCCUGCCUCGGGCCCGGCCCUAG